UUUGCUGCGAAUUGUGCUUUAUAGAGGAAAGUCGUCACUCACUGCAGAAAACGUCAACUUGACUGAAAAUUCAACGAUAAUUCAGAAAAGAUAGACAUCAUGAAGGAGUUUGGGAAACAAAAUACGGGACUUGUUGUUUGCCUGAUCUUGCUCUCUAUGGUUUUCGUGGUCAGUUCAUCCCACGAUAAAACAACUCGAGCCCCACGAAUCAAACCAUUCCAUUCUGAGGGUUAUGGUCCUCCUACAACAACGCUUCUUCCUACGUCACCGAAAGACAUAAUGGAGACAAAUGCAAAGGUUGCCUUUCUACCGUCACAACCGUCUUACGAUACCACAGCAUCUAAUGGUUUUAACCAACCAAUUCAAGAAUUCCUUACCGAUGAUACCACCGCAUCUAAUGGUGUCGACCAAACCAUUCAAGAAUUUCUAACUGAGAUCAUUGUCAUUGAUGUGACCAUGCUUGUCACGUCUUCCACUGAAUCAGUGACCGAACUGGAUAUGACUAUCUGGGUGUGGUCUUUUUCCUGGUCUUUGUUAACCAUCCUUCAGUUAACCAUUUCCUUGAUCGGUAUUCUAGGAAACCUUCUGGUUGUCGUUGUAAUGGCAGUACGACGGUCCACAUCAAACUCAACAGACAUUCUAAUUGCCGCUUUAGCCGUCUCGGACUUGUUGACUUCAAUCUCCAACAUCCCCGUUCCAAGAGCUCUGCAGGUACCUGACAACAUCUUUGGAGCGCUGUACUGCAGAAUCAUCUUCACUAGCAUCCUGUCCUGGGUAUGUAUCAUCUCCUCGAGCUACAUCCUGGUUGGUGCUUCUUUCGAGCGCCUAGCAGCCGUGGCGUACCCUCUGCGCUAUAAGAAUGUCUUCUCAAUCCGUCGGGCUUAUGUCAUUAUCACAGUAUCGUGGCUAUUCGCGUGUGUGUCGUGUUGCCCCUACCUACUAGCUCUCAUAUGGGAUUUCAAAGCUGUACAUCUGAUCUACUGUAUACCCACUGAUCCUGGUUAUUCUUUUCUUAAAAGAGUAAUAAUCCUGAUCAAUUUCACCAUACGGCUUGUGAUUCCGGUUGUUCUAAUGAUGGUUUCCCAGACAGCCAUGGCCAUAAUACUGCAUCAAAAGUCGCGUCGGGCAAUGACUCGUAACUCGAGGAAACCCUACCAUAUUGUUGCCAGGAAUCGUGUCAUUAAGAUGAUGUUGGUUGUGGUUAUCAUCUUUAUUCUAUGCUGGGCUCCCAACCAGAUAGCGCAUGUUGUCGUUCCCUUCAGAGGGACGUCUAAUGCUUUUUUUGCAACCAAUGGCCGUCAGAUUCUGACCGUGUUCACCUUUAUCAAUUCGUCCAUUAAUCCCUUCAUCUACGCAGCUCAUUAUCCGAAUUUUCGUGCUGCGAUUAGAGAUGUCUUCUCGGGUCGAAAUGAGCAGGACGGAACAUUGUUUGGCAGUAGAAACAGCCAAGCCUCUCACGCACAUACGCACACCACUCAUAUUUAGAUAGAUACAUGGACGUAGGCAGGGAAAAUUCUUAGGGGAGGGGCAAGACGAAUAAAACUUUUUGAGGAAACUCGAAGCGAAGCGACUAAGCCUGUCAUGGGAGCGCUUUUUGCAUUUUAUAAAGUGCAUAUGUGCACACUAAUUUUAUGCAAAAUUUUAGUUUAAAAAAUGUAGGCCAUCGAAAUAUCUUGGGUGGCAACUGCCCCUGCCCCCCCCCCUCCGCUGCGUACGCCCAUGGAAAGACUUUGGUCGUUAUUCAUUUGACUAUGAAAAGCUGCAAGGCAAAUAUGUCACUUGUGUCUGUGAUAAUUAUGUUGUAAAAAAUGAAGACCUGCAUAUUUUUGCAUUAGAGAGUCUUUAUUUAGUGCAUCAAAAAGUGAAAAGUAAAGCAACCAUGCAGAUACACCAUUCCAAUUCUAAUCAAUUUUAUUAAACUGUUUUUUUCUAUUCUCUAUUUCAUUUUCAUUCAAGCGUAAUGCAGAGUCAACGAAUGAACAUUAUUACAAUAAUAUUUUCCGUGGUUGCAAGAUGGAAUGAACACAUAUCACUAUGAAUGUCACUCCGAACUUUAUAGGGGUAUAAUACAUUAUACCCCCUCCCCAUCUCCCACUCGCUAGUUAUACUAUUUCACGCCGUUUUAGUUCCAUCGCUGACAGUUUUUACAAUAAGUUUGUUAAGGUCUGUGGAAUUUGCUACCAUUAUAAUUGCAAUCAUUAUGAUUACUGGCAUUAUAAUUCUUUCUCUUGCAGUACCUUUUUUUUUUUAAAUCAAGAAUGUAUAAUAGCUGUUUUCGUAUAAAUAAUUAAACCUUGGCUGUAUUUUCGUUAACACCCUGAUUAGUCUGCAUUUCGUUGCAUUCUAUUCAAUAAUAACAAGAAUAAAAAUGUAUGAAAUAAGGUGUCUCAUGAGACAUUAUAUGAAUAAUGGAGAGUAAAUCGCGAGCUGAAAAUGUUACCGCACUAAUUUGACAAACAGGAAAGAUUACCUUUAAAGGAUUAAACUGCAGAUUGUUCAAAACACCCGUGCAAGAUAUUUUGUGGAUGUACACAAUAUUACACGGAUCACACCCAUACUAAGGAAUCUACAUUUUCAAUUCAAUGUAUUUAA